AUGCCUCCUAAGAAACGUUUGGGCAAAGUUCUCGAGACGAACAAGGAAGAUGCGCAGUUCCGCGAGGCGCUGAAACUUUACGAGUCAAAGCAGUACCGUAAGGCUCUGAAGAUUUUGGACGUGCUGCUGAAAAAAUCUCCUAGCGCCGAAGCUUUUUCGCUCAAGGGACUUCUCUUGUACAACCUGAACGAGUUAACAGAGGCCGAAUCCUACAUCUUGAAGGGAAUCGCCAAAGACGACAACAAUGUGAUCGUCAACCAUAUCUCGGGCAUCUACUACCGUGCUGUGAACAACCUGAAGGAGGCGGCAAAAUGGUUUUCCGGUGCCGUUGAGCAUGGAAGCUCCAACAAGAACAUUCUCAGAGAUCUUUCGUCUGUCCAGUCACAGAUCAGGGAUUACAAGGGAUUAGUCAAGUCGCGGUUGGCAUAUCUUGAAGACCAACCAGCUUACAGGGCCAACUGGACCGCCCUGGCAACUGCUUAUCAUCUGAACAAGGAUCAUGCUGCUGCUGAGAGAGUUCUGACCAAGUUUGAGAACAUGGUUAAGGGCAAUUACUCCGAGGCGGACCUUUACGAGCAGUCCGAGUGCACUUUGUAUUUGAAUCGGAUCAUUGGCGAGACAGGAGAUCACCAGAGAGCUCUUGAUGAUCUUGAAAGGAUCAAGGACUGGGCCAGGGAUGGCGUGGCUGUUUUGGAGUCUAAGGCAUUUUAUCUGACAUCUCUUGGAAGAAAUAAGGAGGCCUCUGUUGUUUACAGAGAGUUACUCCAAAGAAACCCAGACAACCAGGAUUACUACCUCAAGCUGGAAGAGACUUUGGGAACCACCACCAAGCCAGUUGCUGUCAGAAAGGCUCUUUACGAGAAGCUUGGUCGUUUCUACCCGAAGUCAGAGCCGGUGAAGUUCAUUCCUCUGACAUUUCUUACUGGUGAUGAUUUCAAGCAGGCUGCUGAGUCUUACAUCCUUUCCCAGCUCAAAAGAGGUGUUCCUUCUGCUUUCGUGAACGUGAAACCACUCUAUAGAAAGAAGGCCAACGUCCCAGUAUUUUUGGAGAUUGUUACCAAAUUUUUCGAGAACGAGGCCGCGAAAGUGUCCCCUUUGACUUGGUGCUGGACUGCAUACUACCUGGCAUUACACCAUCUCCACGUCAAAAAUCUUUCCAAGGCUUUAGAGUAUAUCAAUCUUGCCAUUGAUCACACACCCACAUUGGUGGAGCUUUAUGUUGCGAAAGCCAGAAUUCUGAAGCAUUUCAACAAAUUGCAAGAGGCUGCUGAGGUGAUGGACUCCGGCAGAUCUUUGGAUCUACAGGACCGUUUCAUCAACUCCAAAGCCACCAAAUACUAUCUACGUGCCAACUUGAUAGACAGUGCUGUCAAGACGAUCUCUCUGUUCACCAAGAACGAUGAGGGUGCUGUUAACGGAAUCAAGGACCUACAUGUGAUGCAGAGUAUCUGGUUCAUCACCGAGAAUGGAGAAGCCUAUUACAGACUAUUCCUUGCCAAACUGGCAGAACUAGAGGAAUUUAACAGAUCAGCGGAUGCUGAUGAUGAAGAAACCAUCAUUACAAGAAACGUUCUCGAAGAUGAGAUUUCCGAAUUCAAGGCUCUUUCUGCUAAACGGUUCAUUGCAAUCACCAAGAUUUACGAUGAGUUUUUCAGCGAUCAGAUGGACUUCCACUCUUAUUGUAUGAGAAGAGGUACCCCAAGAGCUUACAUCGACACCAUCAAGUGGGAGGACAGAUUGUAUGGAAGCCCAAUGUAUGUGAGAGCUAUCAUGGGCCUGGCCAAGAUACAUCUUGAUGUUGACCGAGACAUCAAAGAGGGCAGACCGUUUGGGUUCGAAACCGCUCCAAUGCUUCCUUCAAGCAAGAGGACCAAGAAAGCCAAAUCGCAAAACGCUAAGAGACGCGAGGAAGUUAUCACCAAGACGGCUCCAUACUCUGAGGAUAAUGAUGCCAUUGGACUGAACUACAUUGAAUCGCUUUACAAGGACAAAAAUGGAGUCGAUUUGCUGGUGCCUUAUUAUGACAAGAUUGACAAGGAGCUCAUCUGCACAAAUCUGUUAGGUUUCAAAAUCUUCCAGAUCCAGAAGAAGUAUCUGGUCUCCAACGGAUGCGUCUCUAAGCUGUCUGAAUUGACCAACGACAAACACCCUCAUAUUGCUCCUCUUCUACUGGAACUCAAGCUGGUUGCUACUAAUGACGAAUCAAUUGUUGCUCCACUGAAAAAGCUGCUUUUGCUUGGGCUUGGAAAAAGAUUUCCUGCCUUUGCGGGUGAGGAUGAAAGUUCCAAGCUGGUUUCCAAGGUGGUGGACCAUUAUCUUUCGAGAAGCACACCAGAAACGGCUUGUGCUAUAACGGAAAUUCUCCAAAAACUUCUGGAAUUUGUUGCAGAGCAAACCAAGAGCGACCUGGAGAACAAGCUUGAGGCCAUUGAAAGCGCUGUUGAUCCAUACGCCUUAAGCAAGAUACAAGCCUUCAGGGUUUAUUAG